AGAAUCUUGCAAUAGACAGAGGUCUCUAGGCCACAGAGCAUCAGGUUGAAACAGGCUAGAAGCAGUGAAAAUAUCAGACCAAAACAGGCUUGUUGGGUGGGUAGGAUAGUAAGGCCGUUGGAGAGAAAAGAAGCAAAUAGUUGAGAAGAGGCUGGAGGAGACAGAAUCACAUACUUCUUUUCAAAUAGAUUUCAGUAUAGCACCAAAAGAGAGAAAGACCUUGGGUUGCAGGGAGAUGCAGAAGGGAACAAUAAAGCUAGUUUUAUGAGAAACAGGGGUGUUAGGAAGAGAAGGUGGGUGGAGAGUUGCAGAAAUAUAUCCAUUUCCCUCCCUCCCAUUUGCUUUAAGGGUGUUUUUCUCAGAGCUUUUCCUUGCUUUUCUCCUCCCCACAGCAAUCAGCCAAGCUGGGAAGAAGAGAUUGUCUCUGAACUCAGUAGUGUGCCAUGAGCACAGAAGACUGAUAGUAAACAAGUAAACAGAGUUGACAACUGCGGUAACUACAGAGGCAAAGCCAGCUCAGUGACAAAAAAUGAAGACUGUUCCAGAGCUGCUCCAUGUAAGUGAGCAGAAAGGGCAAACAAGGAAAAAUUCUGUAAGCUGGGAGCCAUGAUGAGACAAGCAAGAAGUACUGGCCUUACCAGCAAAGGGUGCAAACCCACAGUAUGGGAAUGAAGGGAGUAAGGCAGGCUUGGUGCCAGUAGCCAGGGUCAACCAAGAGUCUAGAUUGCAAGACCUGUGACCAGGAGCUGAGAACAGGUGUAAAGAAGGAACGAUGUCUUCAAGGGAAAAGCCUACUUCUGUGUGCACUUCUUCUCAGUACUCUCCUUGGUUUUACAUUACUUAUCACCUACAUCAUGAUGACUUGUGGUCUAGGAUCAUGUGAUGCUGAGCGGAGGCUUGCACUGUUGUCCAGACUCCUGAAUUCUAGGAAUGACACUGUAGACCCCUGUCAGGAUUUCUACAAGUAUGCUUGCGGCAACUGGGAAGGCAAUCACUCAAGCAGAACCACAGAAGAGUCACGAAACGUCUUUGAUAUAUUGUUGGAAGAAAACCAGCUUGUCCUGAAAAGGCUUUUAGAGGCCCCACAGUUUGAGAUAAGAGGCUCAGCUAAAGAGAAAGCAAUCCAGUUCUAUCGUUCCUGCAUGGAUACCCAAAAGAUAGAAUCCCAAGGAAAUCAACCAUUGAAGGACCUCCUAAAUCAGGUUGGUGGAUGGAACAUCACAGGCAUAGGGAAAGCAAAAGAUUUUAAUGAAACUCUUCAGAUUCUCAUGGGCAGAUACAACACCUUUCCCUUUUUCACAGUGCAUGUGGGACCUAGUCCUUUUGAUCCCAAGACCAAUGUAAUUCAGAUUGACCAUCCUGAGUUUGAGAUGCCACCUGAGAGUAAAUUCAAAGAGAAAAAAUAUCUUGAGGUUCUCCGUGUCUAUCUCUCAUACCUGCAGAAACUGGGGGGGCUACUUGGAGGUCCACAGGAUGGUUCCCCUCAUUCCUUUUCCCUUACCUUGUCCUUCAUCUCUAACCUCCAGCGUGUUGUUACCCCACUGCAGGAAAGACAGCAGAGGGGGAUGCUGUUCUUUCGCACUACCAUUAAGGAGCUACAGGAAAAGGCACCUGCUAUUGACUGGUUGUCAUGUCUCCAGGCCCUCUUCCAUCCUAUGCCAAUGAACCUCUCUCAGCCAAUUGCAGUGCAUGACAUGGAUUACUUAAGAGGCAUGUCACAGCUCAUUGAACGAUGGCACAAUAACAGGGCCCUUCCCAUCUAUAUGAUUAUUUGUCUGGUUGUGAAUCUCUCCCCUGCCCUUGACAGUCGAUUCCAAGAUGCACGCUUGGAGCUAUCUAAGAUUCUUCAUGGGAAAAUGGGAUCUAGAGUGAUCCCAGUUGAGCGCUGGAAGAAGUGUUUGACUGAUACCAGCUCUUUCUUUGAGCCAGUCCUAGGGCAGAUGAUUGUGAAGGAAAUUUUCCCUCAGCAAACCAAGAAACAUGCUGAGGAGAUGUUCUCUGAGAUCCAAGAUGCCCUCUACAACCAACUGGAUCGGUUGGAGUGGAUGGAUGAGCAAACACGCCAACAAGCUAAAGUUUUGGUGUCCACGCUACAAGUGGAGAUUGGCUAUCCAGCUUACAUACUUCAGACUGCCAAAGUGAACCUGGAAUACCAGAAUCUGGAGAUAAAUGAAGACACUUUUUUCCUCAACGUGGUGGCUUGCUUGAAGACAAUGAGGGAGAAUUCCUACUCAAAGCUCCUUCAGCAUCAUUCACACGUUAACUGGCAGGUGUCCCCCUGGGCUGUCCAUUCAUACUACUCACUAAGGCACCACAUGGUGGUCUUUCCUGCUGGAAUGUUCCGCAGCCCUUUUUUCCACAUGGAUUUUCCCAGUGCUGUGAACUUUGGAGCUAUUGGGGUCUUCAUGGCACAUGAACUUCUUCACGCAUUCUAUGGUUAUGUGUUGCCUGAUGGCUGUCCUACAUGCAACAGGAGUGUGCUACAGAAAUCUGUAGAUUGCUUUGUUGAACAGUAUGAAAGCUUUGACUUUAAGGUCAACGGUACUCUUACGCUCUUGGAGAAUACAGCUGACAAUGGAGGGCUUGCCAUUGCUUACCAGGCCUAUAAGAAUUGGCUGAAAAAGCACAAACAGGAGGAUUUACCCAAGAUCGGACUUUCACACGACCAGCUUUUCUACCUCAGUUUCGCUCAUGCAAUGUGUGGACACCAGGAUCCUGAGGAAUUACAGUCUUCCUUGAACACAGAUCCACACAGUCCCUUGUCACUUCGCGUCUGUGGGCCUGUUAGCAAUAGCAGGGACUUUUCCAAGCACUUCCACUGUCCCAGUAGAUCACCAAUGAACCCAGACAGCAAGUGCCACAUUUGGUAAUCUGUCUGGAGGAGGAUGAAUGAUACAACUGCGGGAAGAUGAAGGCCUGACCUGUGCAAGUGUGACCCAUGGGGUCAUACUCAGGGCCCAUGGGGUGACAUGGGGAUUUUAUUCACUCUUCUGCCUUCUUUUUCUUGAUAUCCUUUUCUUGUCAGUUUAUGGUAGCAAAAGCCUCCAACUGAGCUCAUAAGGGGAAAAGGUGUCUUCCCACUGCUCCCAGCACUGUCCCCCAAAUGGGACAACUCUGUAGACCAGGAAGUCCCAAGGUAAAAGGUGACUAGCUAGUCUCUAGUAGGUAACAACUUCUGAGGAGUUGUAAACAGAAGUACUGUUGCAUCAUUAGGCCAUCUGUUCAGUGCAUUUCCCUGUCUACUCUAGCAACCUCGGUCAUGUUGAAUGGGCAGGGCAAUAUAUUAGACUCCUAAGAUUUGUUCAUACAAGUUUGUCUCUUAGGAAAAUUCUAUGUGUUACUAUGCAAACUACACAUGUAAGUUACCAGAGAAAGAAGAAUCCACUUCUAUUCAAUCUGUUGAUAAGUAGUAGGGAAAACUUAGUGGCUGCAUUUUCUAGGCUGGAAGAUGAGUUACUAAAUAAUGAAGGUUACGCAGGUACUCCAUAGGAAAGUAUCCUCUUUGAGGAAAGUGAGACUGGGAGCUGAGAACUAAUUCUCUUUCUGCUUUCUUUCUUUUCCAGCAAGAUUCUUUUUUUCUUUCUUAGUCUCUGUUUAAGGUCGAGGAUAUGGUUAAGGGUGAAGCGUGGAACAGUAACAGGAGUUUCUAGGGAUCUCUGAAGAUCAUUAACUUGAAUAUUCAGAAUUCCAAGAACUUCUCUGGACCCAAACCAGUUUCUCUCAUCCCUACAAGUUUUCUUAUCCCUACAUUUGUAAAUAUUUACCAUCCAAAAAGAGGAGUUUGUCAGACAUAGAAUUUCACUAUCUACUUGAAACUGAAUUUUAGAUAUUAAUUUACUUUAGAGAAAAAAAAGAGUAAGAAAUAAUAUAUUUUAGGGUAGCAAGAGACAUGCUUAAAGCACAUUCUCAAGAGCAACAUAUUAAUUUCAUCAAUUUCAGGUUCUGAUAAUUUUUAUAUAUAUAUAUAUAUACAUAUAUCAAUCUUCUACACAUUUUACCAAACUUAAUAAGUAUUCAAAACUCUCCUUUUUGCAUACACUUCAAACUGUUCCAUUUAUUUUACUUAAUAUAUUGUAUGCCUGGGGAUUGUUCGUAGAAUAGAUGAUGGUAAGUGAAAACACCCCUUAUCAAUAUAAGCAUAACUACCAUUAUGGAAAUCUUAAUAACCGUAUUAAUCCUUUUGAAGUACUGACCAAUGCAGCAAAGUAUUUCCCAAGAGUAGACUGUUCAGAGAUUUUUUCAUUUAUUAAAGACUAAAAUAUUAAUAAAGAACAUGCUUCAGGAAAAAAAAUAUACUUUGAUUAGAAACUCUUUAUGGCCAGGUUUUGUUUCUUCAUUCUUUAUUUGUACAGUUCCCAGCAUGACCAGAGUUUGUAGCUGAACUUCACUAAUAAUAAAUAAUACCUCAGAAUAAUGGGAUUUAUUUACCCAUCAUAAAAAAUAACAAAAUUCAGAUUUUGUUUAUCUUUAUAUUUUAAACAGUGCAUACUAUUCCUCUACUUGCUUAAUCAAGUUUGUCCUACCGGCAUGUUCAAAAUGUUUGGUCUUUCUAUCAGGUGCUAUAAUAAUUAAUUAUAUGCAUCAUUAUACCAGACCUUGUGUGUAUUAUAGCAGUUAUUUCACUGGACUGAGACAACUUGGCUUCUUUGUUUAUAAUGUGUAUAAAAAGCAAAGGCUCAUCUUGAUGAUUUUUAUUUUUAUUUUUAUUUUUUUUACCAGAAUAGAACAGAGUAGUUCAGUUGGGGAAGGGACCUUCAAAGAUCAUCUAGUCCAACUGCCUGACCACUUCGGGGCUAACCAAAAGUUAAAGUAUAUUAAUGAAGGCAUUGUCGAAAUGCCUCUUAAAUACUGACAGGCAUGGGGCAUCAGUCCCCUCACUAGGAAGUCUGUUGCAGUGUUUGAACACCCUUGCACUAAAAAAAUUUUCCUAAUAUCUGGUCUGAACCUUCCCAGGUGCUGCUUUGGGCUGUUCCCUCGUGUCCUAACGUUGGUUAACAAGGAGAAGAGACCAGCACCUCCCUCUGUGCUUCCCUUGCUCAGGAAGCUGUAGAGAGCAAUGAGGUGGCCUGUUAGCCUUCUUUUCUCCAGACUAGACAAAUCAAGUGUCCUCAGCCUCUCCUCAUAGGACUUGCCUUCCAGCCCCUUUACCAGUUUUGUUGCCCUCCUCAUUCAACUAUCUUACUAUCCUUUUUAUAUUGUAGAGACCAGAACUGCACAAAAUAUUCAAGUUGAGUCCACACCAAUGCUAAACACAGCAUACGAAUCAUCUCUUUUGACUGGCGGGCUAUGCUGUGGUUAAGGCACCCCAAAAUGCAGUUUGUUCUCUUGGCUGCCAGGGUGCAGUGAUGCCUCACGUUAAGCCUACUGUCAACCAGCACUCCCAAAUCCCUUUCUGCUGAGUUGCUCUCUAGCCACUCUUCUUCCAGCCUGUACCUGCGUCCAACAUUACUCUGUCCCAGGUGCAGAACCCAGCAUUUUCCUUUGUUGAACUUCAUGCCGUUGCCAAUUGCCCAGUCCUCCAACCUUUCUAGAUCUCUCUGCAAGGCCUCUCAGCCUUCCAGAGAGUCAACAGCCCCUCCCAGUCU